AUGAUGAUAACGACGACAUCGAAGAAAUACGUCCGCCUCCUCCUCCAAUGGGAAGAGACAAAACAAAAGCUCGAGCAAAAGGAAAAGGGAAAGCGACAUCUUCAAAUUCGCUACAAGGUUAUCGAUGAGUGGAGGAGUUGGAAGGUCGAUGGCCAAAUCGCAGGAUACAUACAAGGAUACGAUAAAAACCUCACGUUUCUCACGGUCAAGGGAGCGGGGCAUAGGGUACCCGAGUACAAACCUAAAGAAGCAUUGGUGUUUUACUCCCAUUGGUUACAGGGAAAGAAAAUAUAG